CUCCGAUUGAAAAGAUGACGUCAUUGCAUUAUUGAAUAGAAGGCUCUAAAACUACGUUACCGCAAUUUGUGAUAUAUUGAUAGCUUUGGAAAAGCACUUUACAGAAUGUCCCUGGAAUCGUUUAAAGACAAGCUAAAAGACAUGAUUGGCCCAGGCUGGUCACAUCACAUCUAUCUGAUCUUUAUCAUCCUACUGUUCGCUGGACUGGCUAUUCUGUUCUUGCAGCAGAUCGUCCUAUGCUGUGUCGUGUGUCGAAAGAAAAGGAAAAUGGACAAGGUAUCCCAGAUAGAAAAGGGUCAGGCAGGAGAUGGAAAGAAGAAGGAAAAGUCUAACGGAAAGAAAGAAAAGAAACGGAAAUCAUCAAUCCCGGCCGACGCUUUUGUAGCAUCGUCAGCACCAGCACCACCCCCACCACCCCCUGCUGCACCGCCGCCGGCCCCGGUGUCCGGUGAUUUUAACCAUUCUAGUCAGACUAGAAACCAUUCUCCACAGGACCACAACCAAUCUCGUCAGGAUUAUACUCGUCAGGAUUACAACCAUUCUCGACUUGAUAACAACCAAUCUCGUCAGGAUUAUACUCGUCAGGAUUACAACCAUUCUCGACUUGAUAACAACCAAUCUCGUCAGGACUAUACUCGUCAGGAUUACAAGUCUCAACUUGAUAACAACCAAUCUCGUCAGGGUUAUACUCGUCAGGAUUACAAGUCUCGACUUGAUAACAACCAAUCUCGGCAGGAUUACAAGUCUCGACUUGAUAACAACCAAUCUCGUCAGGACUAUACUCGUCAGGAUUACAAGUCUCAACUUGAUAACAACCAAUCUCGUCAGGAUUACAAGUCUCGACUUGAUAACAACCAAUCUCGUCCGGAUUAUACUCGUCAGGAUUACAAGACUAGACUUGAUAACAACCAAUCUCGUCAGGAUUACAACCAGUCUCGACUAGAUAACAACCAAUCUCGUCAGAAUUACAACCAGUCUCAACUUGAUAACAACCAAUCUCGUCAGGAUUAUACUCGUCAGGAUUACAACCAUUCUCGACUUGAUAACAACCAAUCUUGUCAGGAUUACGACCAGUCUCGGCAUGAUAACAACCAAUCUCGUCAGGAUUACAACCAGUCUCAGCAUGAUAAUAACCAAUCUCGUCAGGAUUGCAACCAUUCUCGGAAUGAUAACAACCAAUCUCGUCAGGAUUAUAUUCGUCAAGAUUACAACCAUCCUCGACAGGAUUAUAACCAUUCUCAACAGGAUUAUAACCAUUCUCGUCAGGGUAUUGACCAUUCUCGUCAACAUAAUAAGUAUCCUCGUCAGGAUUACAACCAUUCUCGUCAGGACAGUAAUCAUACUCGUCAGGACAGUAACCAUACUCGUCAGGACAGUAACCAUACUCGUCAGGAUUGUGACCAUACUCUUCAAGAUUACACCCAUUCCAGACAGGAUUGUAACCAUACUCGUCCGGAUUUUAACAAUACUCGUCAUGAUUGUAACCAUAUUCGUCAGGAUAGUAACCAUACUCGUCAGGACAGUAACCAUACUCGUCAGGACAGUAACCAUACUCGUCAGGACAGUAACCAUACUCGUCAGGAUUGUGACCAUACUCUUCAAGAUUACACCCAGUCCCGACAGGAUUGUAACCAUACUCGUCCGGAUUUUAACAAUACUCGUCAUGAUUGUAACCAUAUUCGUCAGGACAGUAACCAUACUCGUCAGGACAGUAACCAUACUCGUCAGGACAGUAACCAUACUCGCCAGGACAGUAACCAUACUCGUCAGGAUUGUGACCAUACUCUUCAAGAUUACACCCAUUCCCGACAGGAUUGUAACCAUACUCGUCCGGAUUUUAACAAUACUCGUCAGGAUUGUAACCAUAUUCGUCAGGAUUGUAACCAGUCUCGACAGGAUUACAAACAUUCCCGACAGGAUUGUAACCAUACUCGUCCGAAUUUUAUCGAUACUCGUCAGGAUUACAACCAUUCUCGACAGGAUUGUAACCAUUAUCAACAGAAUAGUAAAGUUACACGUCAGGACUGUAACCAUUCACGAUAUGGGAGUAACCAAUUACGUCGAGUCUCGCAUGGCCUUCCACACUCUAUCUGCAGUUCAGUGUACCUUCACGACAGAUAAGAUUGCAGAAGAAUAAUCUCAGAAACGGAACGAAUCGUGUACAACACACCAAAAUACGAAUUGCCCCGAGCGAAUAGCCCGGAGUCAUAUCAAGGCGAAUAAAAACAGCAUUUAUUACAAGAUGGAUAGAGACCACUCUAUAAAUAACAGAACUGUUUUUGGAAAUGAAUAUGUGAGUCAAAGACUACCAUACAAGUUGUGAUUUCGUUAGUGUCGACCUCGUGGCACGACUUCGCGUCACGACUUGGCGUCGACUGAAAAUCGUAACACGGUUGUGUAAACAAAUACUUGGACAAUGGCUGGAGAAAUCGGAAGAAUUGAUGUAUUUGAUCAAAGUUUAGUGCUACGUGACGCUUAUAAUUAAAGUCUUGAUCGAUACUUGAUUGUAAACAGUGUCAAAGAUGACAAGAAAGUUCAAUUGGCGGUAUACUGCGCUCUAAGUGAUUGGACAUCAGCUGCACUUCCGGCGGACAAAUCAGAAGAAUUGAUGUAUUUGAUCAAAGUUUAGUGCUAUGUGACGCUUAUAAUUAAAGACUUGAUCAAUACUUUGUUGCAAACAGUGUCAAAGAUGAAACGAAAGUUUAGUUGGUGGAAGAACAUAUGGUGUUCUACGUGAUUUGACAUCAGCUGCACUUCCGGCGAAAACAAAUCAAACAAUUGACGUAUUUGAUCAAACUUUAGUGCUAUGUGACGCUUUUAAUUAAAGACUUGAUCAAUACUUGAUUGCAAACAGUGUCAAAGAUCAAACGAAAGUUUAGUUGGCGGAAGAACAUAUGGCGUUCUACGUGAUUUGACAUCAGCUGCACUUCCGGCGGUAAAAUCAAAAGAAUUGAUGUAUUUGAUCAAAGUUUAGUGCUAUGUGACGCUUAUAAUUAAAGACUUGAUCAAUACUUGAUUGCAAACAGUGUUAAAGAUGGAAAGAAAGUUUCAUUGGCGGAAGAACAUAUGGCGUUCUGCGUGAUUGGACAUCAGCUGCAUUUCCGGAAGGAAAAUCAGAAGAAUUGAUGUAUUUGAUAAAAGUUUAGUGCUAUGUGACGCUUAUAAUUAAAGGCUUGAUCAAUACUUUAUUGAAAACAGUGUCAAAAAUGAAACGAAAGUUUCAUUGGCGGAAGAACAUAUGGCGUUCUACGUGAUUUGACAUCAGCUGCACUUCCGGCGGGAAAAUCAAAAGAAUUGAUGUAUUUGAUCAACGUUUAGUGCUAUGUGACGCUUAUAAUUAAAGGCUUGAUCAAUACUUUAUUGAAAACAGUGUCAAAAAUGAAACGAAAGUUUAAUUGGCAGAAGAACAUAUGGCGUUCUACGUGAUUGGCUGAAAGGACUUACGAAAAUUUGUGCCGAACGUUGAAGGAACCACUUCGCACUUCGCUAUUCUGCCAUGCUAUAAUUAAGUGCUGUACUGCCAAGUGUGUUGGCUACGUUGUGUGUUUAGUACAAACACAACAUUUGGCGACGAGGGUGACUCCUGAUUUGGCUAGAAAUGGUAAAAGUAACUGUAGGUUAUAACUAAACGCUACAGAAAGCCCUAAUAAUUCUUGGUGUGUGCACAAAUUGUUCGUUGUGAUUUCGUUUGCCUCGACCUCGUGGCCCGACUUCGCGUGGACUGAAAAUCGUAACAUGCUUGUGUAAACAAGUAUUUGAGGAAAAUGGCUGGAAAAUCGGAAGAAUUGAUGUAUUUGAUCAAAGUUUAGUGCUAUGUGGCACUUAUAAUUAAAGACUUGAUCAAUACUUGAUUGCAAACAGGGUCAAAGAUGACAAGAAAGUUUAAUUGGCGGAAGAACAUAUGGCGUUCUACAUGAUUUGACAUCAGCUGCACUUCCGGCGAAAAAACAAAUCAAACAACUGACGUAUUUGAUCAAACUUUAGUGCUAUGUGACGCUUUUAAUUAAAGACUUGAUCAAUACUUGAUUGCAAACAGUGUCAAAGAUCAAACGAAAAUUUAGUUGGCGGAAGAACAUAUGGCGUUCUACGUGAUUUGACAUCAGCUUCACUUCCGGCGGUAAAAUCAAAAGAAUUGAUGUAUUUGAUCAAAGUUUAGUGCUAUGUGACGCUUAUAAUUAAAGACUUGAUCAAUACUUGAUUGCAAACAGUGUUAAAGAUGAAAAGAAAGUUUCAUUGGCGGAAGAACAUAUGGCGCUCUGCGUGAUUGGACAUCAGCUGCAUUUCCGGCAGGAAAAUCAGAACAAUUGAUGUAUUUGAUCAAAGUUUAGUGCUAUGUGACGCUUAUAAUUAAAGGCUUGAUCAAUACUUGAUUGCAAACAGGGUCAAAGAUGACUAGAACGUUCAAUUGGCGGCAUACGGCGUUCUAAGUGAUUGGACAUCAGCUGCACUUCCGGCGGGAAAAUCAAAAGAAUUGAUGUAUUUGAUCAAACUUUAGUGCUAUGUGACGCUUAUAAUUAAAGUCUUGAUCAAUACUUGAUUGCAAACAGUGUCAAAGAUGACAAGAACGUUCAAUUGGCGGCAUACGGCGUUCUAAGUGAUUGGACAUCAGCUGCACUUCCGGCAAAAAAAUCUGAAGAAUUGGUGUAUUUGAUCAAAGUUUAGUGCUUAUAAUUAAAGACUUGAUCAAUACUUUGUUGCAAGCAGUGUCAAAGAUGAACAGAAAGUUUAAUUGGCGGAAGAACAUAUGGCGUUCUACGUGAUUUGACAUCAACUGCACUUCCAGCGGAAAAAUCAGAACAAUUGAUGUAUUUGAUCAAAGUUUAGUGCUAUGUGACGCUUAUAAGUACUUGAUUGCAAACAGUGUCAAAGAUGACAAGAAAGUUUAGUUGGUGGAAGAACAUAUGGCGUUCUACGUGAUUUGACCUCAGCUGCACUUCGAGCGGAAAAAUCAGAAUAAUUGAUGUAUUUGAUCAAAGUUUAGUGCUAUGUGACGCUUAUAAUUAAAGACUUGAUCAGUACUUGAUUGCAAACAGUGUCAAAGAUGAAAAGAAAGUUCAAUUGGCGGAAGAACAUAUGGCGUUCUACGUGAUUUGACAUCAACUGCACUUCCAGCGGGAAAAUCAGAACAAUUGAUGUAUUUGAUCAAAGUUUAGUGCUAUGUGACGCUUAUAAGUACUUGAUUGCAAACAGUGUCAAAGAUGACAAGAAAGUUUAGUUGGUGGAAGAACAUAUGGCGUUCUACGUGAUUUGACCUUAGCUGCACUUCGAGCGGAAAAAUCAGAAUAAUUGAUGUAUUUGAUCAAAGUUUAGUGCUAUGUGACGCUUAUAAUUAAAGACUUGAUCAGUACUUGAUUGCAAACAGUGUCAAAGAUGAAAAGAAAGUUCAAUUGGCGGAAGAACGUUGGCGUUCUGCGUGAUUUAACAUCAGCUGCACCUCCGGCUUAAAGGACUUACAAAAAUGUGUGUCGAACGUUAAAGGAACCACACCGCGGCCGCGGGUAAUUGCGAAAAGGUUCAGAUUUCAUAAACGGGAUCAGUCUGCGAUAUCAAUGCAUAUUUGUGAAAACGGAGUGAAUUUUGCAAAUUUGAAGAAACACUUAAUGAUGCUUUGAUAUGUCAGAGUGCAGUUGUACAAACGUAUUAAAAAAAAAAUGUUA